CGGCCGCCGGAUCGACGGGCGCGCCCAGGUAGCUGGGUGGCCGGCGCUGCGUGCGGACCCUCGCGGGGACCUGCGCCGCCGCCACCAUGUCUCAGGAAGGUGUGGAGCUGGAGAAGAGCGUCCGGCGCCUCCGGGAGAAGUUUCAUGGGAAGGUGUCCUCCCGCAAGGCAGGGGCUCUGAUGAGGAAGUUUGGCAGCGACCACACUGGAGUGGGGCGCUCCAUCGUGUACGAGGUAAAGCAGAAAGAUGGACAGGAACUGAGUAAUGGCCUGCCUGCCCAGGACCCACCAGAGGACAUGAAGCAGGACCAGGACAUCCAGGCAGUGGCGACCUCCCUCCUGCCGCUGACAGAAGCCAACCUACGUAUGUUCCAACGCGCCCAGGAUGACCUGAUCCCUGCUGUGGACCGGCAGUUCGCCUGUCCCUCCUGUGACCAUGUUUGGUGGCGUCGUGUGCCCCAGCGGAAGGAGGUAUCCCGAUGCCGGAAGUGCCGGAAGCGCUACGAGCCGGUACCGGCCGACAAGAUGUGGGGCCUGGCUGAGUUCCACUGCCCGAAGUGUCGGCACAACUUCCGGGGCUGGGCACAGAUGGGGUCCCCAUCCCCCUGCUACGGGUGUGGCUUCCCCGUGUAUCCGACACGGAUCCUCCCCCCGCGCUGGGACCGGGAUGCACAGCGCCGCAGCACCCACACCCACUCCUGCUCGGCUGCCGACUGCUACAAUCGGCGAGAGCCCCAUGUGCCUGGGACAUCCUGUGCGCAUCCGAAGAGCCGGAGGCAGAACCACCUGCCCAAAGUCCUCCACCCCAGCAACCUCCACAUCAGCAGUGGCUCUACUGUGGCCACCUGCCUGAGCCAGGGGGGCCUCCUGGAUGACCUGGACAACCUCAUCCUGGAGGACCUGAAGGAGGAGGAGGAGGACGACGAUAACGACGAAGAGGGUGGGCAUGGGGCGUGACCCCUGCCAGGUGCAGACGCAAACCAGACACGGUCUGUGGAUA